AUGGACGGCGAGAAACAAGAAGGUGCCUUACUCGGGGUGCCAUCCCUGCAGCCGACUCGCGCAACCUCAAGGUCGCCCUCUCCGACAGACUCGCUGGUGACCGUGCGGGGUGUCUCACCGGCAGGCACCACGCGGUCUCAAGCUACGGUAGGACAGUUGUCCACGGAACUGGCGCUCAAAGUUAGGGCGCAGAUGAAUCGGUUGACGUUACUCCAGGAGAGGCAAGCACGUCUGCCAACGAUGACAUCACUCGAGCAGGUACUGGAGCUUAAGAGCAACGUGGUUGACACCCUUAAGGUGUUUCUCAAGGAGCAUGCAUACUUUGAAGCAGUAUGGCCUGCCUCGUGCCUGGAUCACGCAUAUUUCGCUGACAAUGUCUUUCUGGAGGCUCAGCGAGUGGCCUCAUUUCUCAAAGAAGAAAUAGCCAAGACUAAAGGCUCACUGCUGGCUCAGCCGUCCUGCUCGUCGACCGGCUCAACACCUGUCACCCAUACAAAGCUACCUGACAUAACAUUGCCAGAAUUUAAUGGCAACUAUCCGGAAUGGCCCACGUUCAGGGACCUGUUCAAGAGUCUCAUUUUGGAAAACGCUCGACUAUCCGACGUAGAGAGACUUCACUAUUUGAGAGGCUGUCUCAAGGGAGCACCGGAGCGGCUCGUCAUCGGAUUCCCGCUCACGGCACAAUCAUUGAGUUUGGC